CACGACGGCACUUAAUUAACAUCUGACGGUCUCCAAUUUGAGCGUUCACUCGUGAGUUCGUCAAUUCCACAACAAUGGCGCAACAGUGCUAGAUCCGCCAUCUCUCUCCAUACCAGAACUCCCAAAGAACUCCUUUGAAGAAGAAGAAGAAUGCAGAAUUAUCCGGAAGAGCUUCAGACUCCACCCGUGAGGCUGAUUUCCCUCGUCGGAUGCCCCGACCUUCACCCCACCAUCUCCACUCACCUCCUCUCCGACCAGCCUCCGAUCCACACCCUCGCCUUCCCCGACCUCUCCAAGAUCUCCUUUCUUCUCCCUCCUUCCCCCAAAGACCCCUCUGAACCUCCUCUUUCCACUCCCCCUCCCGGUAUCUUCAAGAGGGAUUGGCUUCUUAAGCAUCGGACCAAGGUUCCUGCUGUUGUUGCUGCUCUUUUCCCCUCUCAUCAUGUUUCCGGCGAUCCUGCCCAGUGGCUUCAGCUCUGCUCCGAUCUCGAUCACCUUAAAGCUGUGACUCGUACCAGGAACAUCAAACUAGUUGUCAUUAUUGUCCAUUCCGAUUCCAAAGAUGAUAUCAACGAGGAUCGAAUGAUUGCUUUACGCAAACGUGCUGAAGUGGACUCAAAAUAUGUCGUCUUUGUUAAACCUAACGAUGCUUCGGAACUCAUGCAAUCCCUUCACAGGUUACGGAACUUCUUCUCAGAACUAGCAACUACAUACUAUAAAGAUGAAGGAAGGAAGGUGAAAACACGUAUUGAAAAGAGGACUUACAAUUACACUGAGUUGAAUAUUCGGUAUUGCUUUAAAGCUGCCGUUUAUGCAGAGUUCCUAAGUGACUGGAUUGAAGCUCUACGGUUUUAUGAGGAUGCUUACAACAAGUUGUGGGAGAUUUCAGGGAUACCAUCAAGGUCACUAUCAAUUCAGCGGUUGGUUGAGGUUAAAACCAUUGCAGAGCAGUUACACUUUAAGAUAUCAACCUUGUUAUUGCAUAGUGGAAAGGUCACUGAAGCAGUGACAUGGUUCCGCCAACACAUUACCUUGUACAGUAGGCUAGUUGGAGAGCCAGAUACAGAGUUUCUUCACUGGGAAUGGAUGAGUAGACAAUACUUGGUAUUCGCAGAGUUGCUAGAGACAAGCUCAGCAAUGAGUCUUACCAUCCCAUCAAUGGGUCUAGGCACUGGAAACAAGCCUUUAACGGAAUGGGAGUUUUAUCCCGCUUAUUACUAUCAGUUAGCUGCUAAUUACCUGAAGAAGAAGAGAUCGUCUUUUGAGUUGAUGUCGUCAAUGUAUAUUAAUGCGGAUGAAUUGGAAAAAACUACCGAGCCUUUGGUGCCAUCAAUAUAUGUGGGCCAGUAUUCUAGGUUACUUGAACAAGUUGAUGUGAUGGUUAUACAAGCUGUUACCGAUAAAGAGUUUUUGAAUAAUAUCAUUGCCGAAGAAAAAAAACAUCAAGAUCCCUUGAAGAUGAUUACUCUUCUCCAAAAAGCUUAUGAGUCGUACAGUCAUGCCAAAGCCCAGAGAACGAGCUCCUUUUUUGCAUUCCAGAUAGCUAAAGAGCAUUAUGCGAUGGAUGAUUUAGAAGAUGCAAAAAAACAUUUUGACAAUGUUGCAAGUUUAUAUAGGAGAGAGGGAUGGGCCACUUUGUUGUGGGAAGUCCUUGGUUACCUGCGAGAGUUGUCUAGGAAACGUGGUAUUGUGAAAGAUUAUUUGGAGUAUUCUCUUGAAAUGGCUGCACUUCCCAUAUCAUCUGAUGUUAAUAUGCUGUCUCUCAGAUCCCAAGAUUGCUGCCCAGUGGGCCCUGCAACUCUAGAACAGAGGGAAAAAAUCCACAACGAAAUAUUUGAUCUUGUUCAUGAAAAAUCAGUAUUGGGCUCAGUUGAACAUGGCAAAGAGCUCAAAGUAACGGGAGACAAUCCUGUACAUCUUGAAAUUGAUCUAGUGAGCCCUCUUAGAUUGGUACUUCUUGCUUCAGUUGCUUUUCAUGAUCAAGUAAUCAAGCCCGGCAUGACUACUUUGAUUACUGUGUCACUUCUUUCUCACUUGCCCCUUACUAUUGAACUUGAUCAAUUAGAAGUUCACUUUAACCAACCAGAGUGUAACUUUAUCAUAAUGAAUGCUGAAAGACUUCCUUCUGCUAUGAUAGACGGUGAUCAACAUGAUAACAGAGUUGAGCAGGCUUCUUCUCUUGCACUUUCGUCAAAUAAAUGGCUACGAAUGACAUAUCAAAUCAAAUCUGAUCGAAGUGGGAAACUUGAAUGCACCUCUGUUAUUGCAAAGAUACGGCCAAACUUUACAAUAUGUUGCAGAGCUGAAAGCCCUGUUUCAAUGGAUGAUUUACCUCUUUGGAAGUUUGAAGAUCAUGUGGAGACGCUCCCAACCAAGGAUCCUGCUCUAGCCUUUUCUGGCCUGAAGGCAAUCCAGGUUGAAGAGCUUGACCCAGAAGUAGAUCUUACUUUAAGUGCUUCUACCCCUGCAUUAGUUGGAGAGACUUUCAUCGUACCUGUAACUGUGAUCUCCAAGGGUCCUGAUAUCCACGCUGGCGAGUUGAAGAUCAACCUGGUUGAUGUGCGAGGAGGUGGUUUGUUUAGCCCAAGGGAAGCAGAACACGUUUCUGAUAGCCAUCAUGUUGAGCUUCUUGGCAUUUCUUAUACAGGAGAUGAUACGGAAUCACAUUUGAUCUCCGAUGAAGAAAUGAAGAUUAAGCAGUCCUUUGGAUUGAUUUCUGUUCCAUUUCUAAAAAGUGGAGAGUCCUGGUCCUGCAAACUGCAAAUUAAGUGGCAUCGAGCUAAGCCCAUUAUGCUUUAUGUAUCCCUGGGCUAUUCUCCACUUGGCAAUGAACCAAAUGCUCAAAAAAUCAAUGUCCACAGGAGCUUGCAGAUUGACGGCAAGCCUGCUGUAACAAUUGGUCAUCACUUUUUGCUGCCUUUCCGGCGGGACCCGUUGUUGCUUUCAAGGACUAAAGCAAUCCCUCAUGCUGACCAGUCAUUAUCUCUGCCCCUAAACGAGACUUGCAUACUGGUGACCAGUGCCCGGAAUUGCACCGAGGUCCCCUUGGAACUAAUAUCCAUGUCAAUUGAAGCAGAUAAUGACGGGAUUGAAGAAAAGUCAUGUUCCAUAAGAAGUGCUAGCAGUAACCUUGUAGACCCAGCUCUUCUCAUGGCUGGGGAAGAAUUUAAGAAGGUUUUCACCGUCACUUCCGAGAUAAAUCCAUCAAAGCUUAGGUUAGGAAAUGUGUUACUUAGGUGGAAAAGAUACUCAAGGACUAAAGACCACUAUGAUUCUAACAUUCCUUCAGUCUUAACCACGCAGAGGCUUCCAGAUGUCGAUAUAGAGUUUUCGCCUUUAAUUGUGUGCAUGGAGAGUCCUCCUUAUGCCAUCCUCGGAGAACCAUUCACCUACUUUAUAAAGAUUAAAAAUCAAUCAAAGUUAUUACAGGAAAUCAAGUUUUCUUUAGCAGAUGUACAGAGUUUUGUGAUAUCUGGUUCUCAUGAUGAUACAAUUUCAAUACUCCCUAAAUCCGAGCACGUCCUUAGCUACAAGCUGGUUCCUUUGGCCUCAGGUAUGCUACAGUUGCCCAGAUUUACUUUAACUUCAGCAAGAUAUUCUGCUAGCUUUCAGCCUUCAUUGGCGGAAUCUACAGUGUUCGUGUUUCCUUCAAAACCCCCCUGCGAGUUGGCUGACAAAGGAGACACAGGAUCAGAGACUUGUGGUCCAAUAUCUACCAGCCUUUCUUGAAGGAAGUGACUUCUGGACUGACGUGGGGAUGUUUUUAGUAUUCCAACUUCUGAUAUUUCUGAUUGAUUAGCUGGACUGAUGUGGGGGAUGCUUUUUUUAGCAUUUCAAGUCCUGAUAAUCAUAUAUCUGACUAACUAGACGAGGGACGAUAGGGACUCGGAUUUUGUCGAGGCCAGCAGUUGGGUACACGAGACUUUGUCAUAUGUUAAAAGAGGCGUUGUCAUGAGGAAGUAUUUCCUUCCAAAAAAACAAAAUGGAAGUCCAUUUCAUAUCAUCAUCACCACCAUCGCACUUCAGCCUUCACUAAUGGUGGGCUCAACCGUCUAGCUGAUUAGUCCAUUGACAACCAUGCCUGCAAAACCAAAUGCGUCCGAAUGCGAAUCACGAUAUAAAAGGAAGCCAAGGUCUCUUUGGAUGUAUUAAUUUUGUCAUGAAGAAGAUAAAGCAACCCAAUAUUGGAUAAAGAAACAUUACAGGCAUUUCCACUCCACCAAUCACAACUAUUAUGAGUUGGAGACUCUUACCCCUUUUGGUUACUUAAACUAGCUGUGUUUAUAAAGAGGACGAUGAUUAUAGAUUUAUUGUAUUAUUUGGACGAGUAUCUUCAUUUUUUUUUAAUACUAACAGUAGAAUUCUGAUUAGAUUCAUUUGCUUAGCAGCAGCAGCAGCAGCAGCAGAAAAUACUUUGAUCUGUGAAAGUAGAAGACAGGAACAGUUAAUAUAGUGGAGAGAUUUGAUUGAA